CGGAGCCUGGCUGAGGAGAGGGGACUGCGCUGUCAGAACCCCAACUGCAUGGACAAGGGGCGGGCAGCCAAGGUAUGCCACCACGCCGACUGCCAGCAGCUGCACCGCCGGGGACCCCUCAACCUCUGUGAGGCCUGUGACAGCAAGUUCCACAGCGCCAUGCAUUAUGAUGGGCACGUCCGCUUCGACCUGCCCCCCCAAGGCUCUGUCCUGGCCCGGAACGUGUCCACCCGGUCAUGCCCCCCACGCACCAGCCCUGCAGUGGACUUGGAGGAGGAGGAAGAAAGCUCUAUGGAUGGCAAAGGGGACCGGAAGAGCACAGGCCUGAAACUCUCCAAGAAGAAAGCCAGGAGGAGACACACAGAUGACCCGAGCAAGGAGUGCUUCACUCUGAAAUUUGACCUGAAUGUGGACAUCGAGACAGAGAUUGUACCAGCCAUGAAGAAGAAGUCGCUGGGGGAGGUGCUGCUGCCGGUAUUUGAAAGGAAGGGCAUCGCAUUGGGCAAAGUGGAUAUCUACCUGGACCAGUCCAACACCCCCCUGUCCCUCACCUUCGAGGCCUACAGGUUCGGGGGACACUACCUGCGGGUCAAAGCAAAGCCGGGGGAUGAAGGGAAGGUGGAACAGGGAGUGAAGGACUCCAAGUCCCUGAGUCUGCCAAUCCUGCGGCCGGCCGGGGCUGGGGCCCCUGCCCUGGAGCGUGUGGACCCCCAGAGCCGCCGGGAGAGCCUGGACAUCCUGGCGCCUGGCCGCCGACGCAAGAACAUGUCGGAGUUCCUGGGGGAGGCGAGCAUCCCAGGGCAGGAGCCCCCCACACCUGCCAGCAGCUCUCUGCCCAGCAGCAGCAGUGGCGGUGGUGACAGCUGGAAGAACCGGGCAGCCAGUCGCUUCAGCGGCUUCUUCAGCUCUGGCCCCAGCACCAGUGCCUGUGGCCGGGAGGUGGACAAAAUGGAGCAGCUGGAGAGCAAGCUGCAUGCCUAUGGCCUCUUUGGGCUGCCCAGGCUGCCCCGGAGGCUGCGAUUCGAUCGUGACUCCUGGGAGGAGGAGGGAGAGGAGGAGGAGGAGGAGGACGCCGCCUGCCUGCGGCUGGAGGACAGCUGGAGGGAGCUCAUCGACGGGCAUGAGAAGCUGAGCCGGCGGCAGUGCCACCAGCAGGAGGCGGUGUGGGAGCUCCUGCACACGGAGGCAUCCUACAUCAAGAAGCUGUGGGUGAUCACCAACCUGUUCCUGUGCUGCCUCCUGAACCUGCAAGAGUCGGGGCUGCUGUGUGAGGUGGAGGCGGAGCGCCUGUUCAGCAACAUCCCCGAGAUCGCGCGGCUGCACCGCGGGCUGUGGGCCAGCGUGAUGGCGCCGGUUCUGGAGAAGGCGCGGCGCACGCGGGCACUGCUGCAGCCCGGGGACUUCCUGAAAGGCUUCAAGAUGUUCGGCUCCCUCUUCAAGCCCUACAUCCGGUACUGCAUGGAGGAGGAGGGCUGCAUGGAGUACAUGCGCGGCCUGCUGCGCGACAACGACCUCUUCCGGGCCUACGUCACGUGGGCCGAGAAGCACCAGCAGUGCCAGCGGCUGAAGCUGAGCGACAUGCUGGCCAAGCCCCACCAGCGGCUCACCAAGUACCCGCUGCUGCUCAAGUCGGUGCUGAGGAAGACCGACGAGCCUCGCACCAAGGAGGCCGUCGUCACCAUGAUCGACUCGGUGGAGCGCUUCAUCCACCAUGUGAACGCCUGCAUGCGGCAGCGACAGGAGCGGCAGCGGUUGGCAGCCGUCGUGAGCCGCAUCGAUGCCUACGAGGUGGUGGAGGGUAGCAGCGACGAGGUGGACAAGCUCCUGAGAGAAUUUCUGCAUCUGGACCUGACAGCGCCCAUCCCUGGCGCCUCCCCAGAGGAGACGCGACAGCUGCUGCUGGAGGGGAGCCUGAGGAUGAAGGAGGGGAAGGACAGCAAGAUGGACGUGUACUGCUUCCUUUUUACGGACCUGCUCUUGGUGACCAAGGCAGUGAAGAAGGCUGAGAGAACCAAGGUCAUCAGGCCGCCACUGCUGGUGGACAAGAUCGUGUGCCGGGAGCUGCGGGACCCUGGCUCCUUCCUCCUCAUCUACCUGAACGAGUUCCAUAGCGCUGUGGGGGCCUACACGUUCCAGGCCAGCGGCCAGGCUUUGUGCCGUGGCUGGGUGGACGCCAUUUACAAUGCCCAGAACCAGCUGCAACAGCUGCGUGUGCAGGAGCACCCAAGCAGCCAGCAGCACCUGCAGAGCCUGGAAGAAGAGGAGGAUGAGCAGGAGGAGGAGGAGGAGGAGGAGGAGGAGGAAGCAGGGGAGAGUAGCACUUCCGCUGCCAGCUCCCCCACCAUUCUGCGCAAAAACAGCAACAGCCUUGACUCCCAGCACUGUGCCUCGGACGGCUCCACAGAGACCCUGGCCAUGGUCGUAGUGGAGCCUGGGGAGACGCUGUCCUCUCCCGAGUUCGAGGGUGGCCCUUUCAGCUCCCAGUCAGAUGAGACCUCUCUCAGCACCACCGCUUCUUCUGUCACGCCCACCAGCGAGCUGCUGCCCCUGGGCCCGGUGGACGGCCGCUCCUGCUCCAUGGACUCUGCCUACGGCACCCUCUCCCCCACGUCCCUGCAAGACUUUGUGGCCCCAGCCCCUACGGAGCCAGUGCCCCGGCCCCCAGACUUACCACAAGCCCCUUCACCUCCACCCUCGCCCCGCCUCCGCCGUCGAAACCCUGUCCAGCUGCUGCCCCGUCCACCCCCCCUGCUCAAGUCCAAAUCUGAGGCCAGCCUCCUACAGCUGCUGUCAGGGGCCACCCCCCAUGGAGCACCCCCAGCCCCCAGCCGCAGCCUGUCGGAACUCUGCUUGGCUGCUACAGUCCCUGACACUAGGACCCGGGGCUCCCCUUGGGAAGCUGGGCCCAGCUGGGAUUGCCAGGGGGCACCAUGCCCUGGCAGUGGCCCCAAGCUGUCAGAGCUGGAGGGCAGAACCAGCUUUCCAGCUGGGGAGCCUGAAGAACCUGCUAGGAGGAGCAGAGAGCUGCCCUCGGGGGCCUCGCCCAGGGUCCAGCCCGAGCCACCCCCAGGGAUCUCUUCCCAGCACAGGAAGCUGACGCUGGCCCAGCUCUACCGAAUCAGGACCACCCUGCUGCUUAACUCCACGCUCACUGCCUCCGAGGUCUGAGCAGAGGGAGGCCCUCAAGGGUGCCACGGACCAAGGGACAGCUGACAGCAUGCCUCUGGGGGCAUGCCAGCCCCCACUCCAGCUGCUGCCUUGUGCCCAAGCCCGAGUGCCGGCCAGGACCCCUGCCACUGCCCUGGGGCCCAAUUUGCACUUUGCCAGACUGGAUGGAAGUGGAGGAGGGCUCAGCAGAACCCCAGGCCCAGGCUGCAGUACCCCCUCAGGACCACCCCCCCGAAGGCCACCAUCUUCACUAACCUGCCCCUGCUCCCUACCCCUGGGAGGGCCCUUACACACUGCUCCCUGAAGUCACCAGCUCCAAUCCUCAGGGCUGGGCUCCAGGGCAGUCCUUCCCACCUCCACCCUCAUCUGGCCCCAAAUGGGAGAUGCCCCUGUCCUCACCCCCUUCCUCCCAGCCCCGCUGGCCACCCCAGGCUUGGGUUGGGCUCCGUGUAAAGUUGCAUAUUUAUUGAGCUUUUGAUUCUUUUAUAAAGACUUGUGUAUACUCCA